UGCGCGUGAGUGCCACCAAGCGGAAAUCGAAUAGAACGAGCCUGUGGUCGAGUGCAGACCACUGAACUCUCGUCCGGAGAACGACGGACGGUCACGCGAGAAAAACACGACGACUCGGCUCGGCGGAGCAAUCGCCACGUUCCCCCGUGCGUAAAUCACGCUUCACGAUCGCGCAUACAGUUGAGCGGCGGGCGUGAGAAAGAUCAGCCCGCGGCGGGGCACCAGCUCCCGUCGCUGCGUUCACGGACGGGAGUACAAAGGGUCUGUUGUCACACGGCCGGUGCUCUAGAUCGUUUUGGGCAACUGUCAGUUUCUCGGGGGUCUCGGAGCAGAAUGGCUCAGCGUCCUCAGAACUAUGGGUCUACGGAUCAACGAGUGGAUGUACCUGAAAUAGGAUUUAGUCCUACUGAACUUUAUAGUCUCUGUGAAAAUAUUACUGCUAACAUAUAUACGAUUAACGGAAGUUGGAGGUUUUUGGAAAAAGCUUACAAAAACAUUGGAACCAGCAAGGAUAAUCAAGGUUUAAGAGACAAAGUACAUGUAACACAAUCGAGUACCAAUCAUGUGGUUACACAGAUAAGCAAGGAUAUAGCGAGACUGACUGUGCUGAUGAGGCGUGGAGAGAAGAAAGAAAAGUUACAAAUUGAAAAACUCACAACAGACUUUAAAGAUGCAUUACAGAAAUAUUCGGAUAUGCAGAAGUCAAUUGCAGAGAAGAUGAAGAGACAUAUUUUAGCUAUGACUAGUAUAGAAAAUUCAAUGGAUGGGGAGGAUGCUGAAGAGACACACCGCCUACUUCUAGCACAGGAACAAGAACACAAGACCACACAAAGGACACUCGAAUUUCAACACGGGCUACUAUUAGAGAGAGAAGAUAGGAUAAAACGUAUUGAGGGCGAUAUUUUGGAUGUGAAUCAAAUUAUGCGCGAACUCGCAGCACUGGUGCAUCAACAAGGUGAUACUAUCGAUACAAUUGACAACCAUAUAGAGAAUAUACAUGGCAAUGUUGAGCUAGGAGCACAGGAGCUGGAGAAGGGAAGUAAUUACCAAAGUAAAUUUCGUCGGAAAGUUUAUAUCUUGUUGUUACUUGCGAUUAUAGUUGCCAUCGUAUUAACUGUUAUUCUAGUCAUUAAAUUAAGUUAGCGACCCUAGCCUCUGCGCGCGGGUUUUACUGAUGAAUGAAAAGGGUUGUCUCAAUCUAUCUCAUAUGUCGUUUGAAAGUAGUUUCUUCAAGGACCAUCUCGUUUUGCCCGUUUCUGUAUAUUGGAGGUGUAACGAAGGAGAGUAUAGAGACUUAUUUUAUAUCUGCUUACAAAUGGAAUUGUAUGUCUCCUGUAUUUUUGGAGAUGUUAGCCAUUUUGAAAUUUUAUAAAACAGUAUUUAUAUAAUAAUUUCAAAUGUAAAAUAUGAAUUUUUAUAGGCCUUUUUUAUUCUGUUUUUACACUCUAGCUGAAUUAUUACUGAAUAAAAUAUAUUAGAGCAUCAGUAAAGGCUAAUAAUGCCUUUAUCAUUUUCUCACAUACUUAUCUUAUAAUGUAUAAUAGUUAUUCAAAUAAUGUUAUCAUUUUUUUGGUAUCUAAUCAAAAAUUUCUCAUUUAAAAACAAAUCUAUUCGAUUUAUCAUAUAUUAUUUUACUAUUACGCGUGGAAAAACUUUAAAAUGUUCUGCUUUAAACCUUCAAGCUUUAAACCUAAUUAAUGGUGAUACAAAUAUUAGUAUCAACAGAAAUUUGUUAAUAUCGGUUUAUAGUUUGAAAACACAUAUUGUUGAUACUGUAUAUCAAUUUGAUACGUUUCUUUAGCAAGUUCUAUAAAUAUUUAACAUUGCAUAAAAGAAUUAUAUUCUAUAAACAAAAAAAUAUGUAAACAGAUUUAUAAAUAGGCAGAUGUAUGUUUCGCAUAUGAAUGCGAAACUGCACAAAUAAAAAUGUUAUCUAUUUAUUGUCGCCACAUGAAGAAAUGAUAUUAGUAAGACCUACAUAUAAUUAUAAUCAAAUUGAUACAAAAUUUCACGUACAUGUAUUUUAUAAUCAUGUUUGUAUUAAAUAUUAUUUUCAUAUAUUUAUCUGAAUUAUCAAUCAGAAUAAAUAUUAUAUAUUAAACAUACGAGUACUAAUCGUAAUUAAUAAAUUGAUAUAAUGCAAACAAAGCCAAAGUAGGUAGAUGAAAAUUGUAACAGCAUUAUAAUUAGCACGAAAAUUGGCGUAUAAUCAAUUAGGAAAGUAUUCUUAUGGCAACUCUUGUAAUAAAAUUGUAUUAAUUGACUUAGUUAAUGCAUAAAAAUUAAAAUUAUGCGUUUUCUGAACAAUAGUACCAUUUAAAUUGUAUGAACUUUGUUAUACAUUCAAAUUCGCAUUUUUAUCCUGUCUAAUAAAUAUAAUUCUAAUUUUACUGAAAAUUGCCGGUAAAAUAUACGGGUGCUAAUUCUUGAAACUAAUGAUUUCUUUCAUAAAUGUUACGUAUGUAUGAAAAUAUUUUCAUGAAUAGCAGAAAUAUAUUUAUAAAAAAAGAUAUGUUAAAUUUCAUGAAAAACAGAAAAAAUGAUUUAUAGGAGAUAUUGUAAUGUAACAAAUAUAGACAAAGUAUUAAUCUACGUAUCUUGAAUUUUCUGUAAGAAUUGGGGAUAUUAUUACGCCGUAAAUUAUUUAAUCAAUGCUUUUUUUAUAAUUAUAUCAUUAAAAAAUGUCGCCUAUAUUUAAAAUUAUAUACUGUCAAACACAAACAAAUUUGAUUGAGACAGCCAUUUUCCUACGAUUACUCGAUUCUGAUAUGAUUAUUAGGCAUUCCGGAUCUUAAAAAUCCAACGUAUAAUUAUUAAGAUUAUAAUCUGAAUAUUGUAUAUACAACUAAUCAUUAACAUCAUUUAAAUAAAUAGUGCUAUGAUAUUGAUAUCGAUACGUACGCUUAAUAUCAAGUAUAAUAGCUUUAUUAUCGUUGUUGAUUUGUAUGUGCUAAAUUAAUAUUAGGCAUUAAAUUAUAUUUUGUUCUUUGC